GGGGCUGGGCAGGGGACACUGAGGGGGCCCAGAGCCAGUUCCAGGAAGGGCAGAGUCCUUUUCUGGCCUCUUUAGAAGUCAGACCUCACCCACUGUUCUCAGAAGGAGAAGGUCUAGGGGUCAGGGCAGCCUAAGGGGUCUGCUUUCGCUCCAAGCAACUUCUUCCCAGGCCUGCCAUCAUUCUUUCCUGGCCCCAACCUCAGGACUUCCCAAUGUUUGUUCCCACCAGACCCCAUCCAGCCGCCAGCUGGACAGGGCCCCAGGGGUGCCCCCAUGGGAAGACGGGCUCUAAUCCCACUUGGUCUCUGAGCUGGAACUGGAAAGGGGGAGCAGGAAAGGAUGACUCAGUUCUUCAUCACAGAUAACACAGUCGCCUUGAUCAGAAACUUAACUUGCCCUGAGCACAGGAAAUGUUGAAAAUGCAGUUUUGAAAUAAUAAUGAUAACAACCAUAAUACGGCGGAACAUUUUGAGUGCCUACUGUGUGCAGAGUCCUGUGCUGGCUGCUGGCACUGAAGGGGAGUCAGUUCUGAGCUAUUUAUAUGAAUGAGGUCUUUGAUUUCUCCCCUCAUCAUUGGGCCUUCUUGUGCACGUGUAUGGAUGGGAAACUUGAGGCCCAGAGAAGUGCAGUGACUUGCCCACAGCUGCACAGCUACUGCAGGGCUGAACUGGGAUUGCUGUCAAAGUUUAUUUGCUCCCAAGACCAUGGACAGAGCUCUUGGCCUUCCUUAUCCAGGAGUACCACCCUGAGCUAGGUCCUCUCUCUGAGUAUGGAGCACGGGGCAAGGAGCACCAGGCCCUGUGUUUCAAGGGCUCCUGGCCCAUGUGGGAUCAAAGGAGAACCACUCAAUGGUCUGGGCUUGUGUUUUGUCAUCCAGCGCACCCUAAUUUUAGAGUCAGACCUUCUACUUAUUUGCCACAUGACUUUGGGUGUGUGUGUGUCACCUCUCUGAGCCUCAGUGUUCACCUAUGUGAAAUGGGGUAACAGUGGUACCUCCAACCCAGGGUUUCUAUGGGCUCAAUGAAUCCACGCCCAUUCAGGGGGGCAUCUUGUCUGGUUCCUGACCCCAGGGACUUUCCAUCACCCACAAUAUUGCCUGGAAAGCCCUGUGUAAGUGAUCAGUAAUGAGCACUGUGGGAAGUGCUCAGAUUGCUGUCCCUUAACAUCAGCAGAAGGCUCGAUAAGAAGCCAUUGGGGCUGUGGAGGUAGGAGAUGACUUUCAGCUCAGGAGCUGGGAAUGAGGAGAUCAAGGACGGCUUUCUGGAGGAGGAGGCAUUGAAGCCAAGCCAUUGCAAUUGACCAGGAAUAUGCACCAACACCCUCUCUCCAAAGAGAAAGCUGGAAAGAAGAUAAAGAUAAGCAGAGAUGGGUGGUGGAAUGAUCCAGGCAGAGGUAAGAGUGUGGGUGAGGUCAGAAAGUGAGCUGAGUGAGCCCAGGAAAUGCAGCCCAGGGCUGCAGCAAGUUGAGCUGGAGCUGCUGCCAGGAUUUGGGCCCUGGCUUCUCAUCCAGAGCCCUGGCAUCACUGUGGGACAGAGGCCUCAGGGAGAACCAGCCCCAAAGCCAGUGGUCGACCACAGAGGCAUGUAUUUGAGCACCUCACAAAUCCCAGUUGCAAGGUAAUGAGAUCCCCAUCACCGAUGGUAGUGAGAUCCCUGUGAGGAUUACUAGCUUUGUAUUUUUCCUUUAGUUUAUGGGGCUGAAAAAAUGUAAUUAAAAAUGCCAUAAAAGAAAGAAUACCCACACACCAGAACUAAUUAAACAGUCUCCUAAAGAAUGAACUCAAAGGAAUAUUAGUUUUAGCUUUAAGCCUCAGAAGAGAAUGGAAUCAAUAGUCAGUUACCCAAAGUCCAUUCCUCACCUUACAUGCUCAGCUGCCAGAACUCCAGGGUUCUCAGAUCAUGAUGCAAGUACUUUGAUUCUAAGGCAAGGAUUCUGAAGUUCCAAGACCAUAAAAUUUCAUGUCCAUGCUCAGAGCUUCAGAUGUAUUUACAGAAAAUAAUCAAACAUCUGAGAGGUGAACAGAGAGGUGAACUCAUCUACCUAAGGUCACACAGCCUGCCACAAGAUUUGAACUCCAGGCCUGACUGAUGCAGUCAGCGAUGACUCUCUUUGCACUGAAGAGCCUACAGCCAAAGGUCCGGAUUCUAAGACACUAAGCUUGAAAUAGCAGGCAUUUCUUGAGCACUUGCUUCAUGUCUGGCAGCUUAUAUGCAUCAGCUCAGCCAAUGCUUACCCGAGUUCUGUGAGAUCGGCACAGGUAUGUUUUCCAGAUGAGUAAGUCUGGGCUGCAAGAGAAGGGACUGGUUGGGUGGAGGUGGGGCACCGCUAGUUGAAGCCAGGCUGAUUCCCAAACCCCAGAGCCUUACUGAGUUUUCUUCCCCACCCCCAGUCUGUCAAUGACAUCCCGCAUUUCCCAGAAGAGUGUAUGAUUCCAAGUCAGAGAUGAGAAAUCCUGGACUCGGGGAGAUUUCCUUAGGCCACAAAGGAUUUGGUUAAAUGUCUACAGGGAUUUUUCCAGCUUUAGACAUGGUUUAAUUCAAAAUCUCUGCCCUCUCCGGGUCAGUAAGGGGAGAGGUGAGUGGGGGAGACAGGACCACCGCCCCCCCCCGCCCCCACCCCACGCCUUUUCCCAGCCCACGCCAUCCUUCUGCCCUCUUGACGCCCCCCUUGGUAGGUCCUCAGCUCCGCAUCCCCAGACUCCGGGCUGCCGGGGCUGGAGGGCGGGGGACUGGGGGGCGAGGGGGCGGGGAGUCGGGGGCGGGAGGAGGGAGGAACAAUGGCCCCCUCCCCUCCCGGGGCUGGCUGGAGGGUGGGGUCUCCCCGCCCCGCCUCCCUGCUCCUCCCCCGACAAGGCGAUGAGGUAAUCGCGCCGCCGAGAGGCACGCGCAGCCGGUGCCCAGCCCGGUCGGUCCCGCGCCCCUGCCCCGCCGGCCGCCGCCCCCUGCACCGUCCCGGCCCCGGUCGCCCGGCCCCACCAUGACCGAGCGGUGCAGCCUGUGGAGCGCCCUGUCGGCCGCCGCCUGCUGCUUCUACCGCGGCUCCUUCGUGCAGGUCUCGGUGGAGACAUCACCUCUUCAGGGACUCCCUGACCAGAUGAGGAGGGACAUGCUCAUCUCCUCCUGGAGCUCCCUGUGUGUCUCUGAGCAUCCAGAAACCCUAGGAUUGCUUUUCUCCAAGGAGAAGUACAUCUUAGACUCAUCGCCUGAGAAAUUGCACAAGGAGUUGGAGGAAGAGCUCAAACUCAGCAGCACAGAUCUCCGCAGCCAUGCCUGGUACCACGGCCGCAUCCCACGUGAGGUCUCGGAGACCCUGGUGCAGCGCAACGGUGACUUCCUCAUCCGGGACUCGCUCACCAGCCUGGGUGACUACGUGCUCACGUGCCGCUGGCGCAACCAGGCCUUGCACUUCAAGAUCAACAAGGUGGUGGUGAAGGCGGGUGAGAGCUACACCCACAUCCAGUACCUGUUCGAGCAGGAGAGCUUCGACCACGUGCCGGCCCUGGUGCGGUACCACGUGGGCAGCCGCAAGGCUGUGUCAGAGCAGAGUGGUGCCAUCAUCUACUGCCCGGUCAACCGCACCUUCCCGCUGCGCUACCUGGAGGCCUGCUAUGGCCUGGGCCAGGGCGGGGGCAAGGCCACCAGCCCUGCCAGCCCCUCGGGCCCCAAGGGCAGCCACAUGAAGCGGCGGAGCGUCACCAUGACCGAUGGGCUCACUGCUGACAAGGUCACCCGCAGCGAUGGCUGCCCCACCAGCACAUCACUGCCCCACCCCCGGGAAUCCAUCCGCAACUGUGCACUCAGCAUGGACCAGAUCCAAGACCUGCACUCGCCCAUGGCCCCUAUCUCCGAGAGCCCCAGCUCCCCUGCCUAUAGUACCGUGACCCGUGUCCACGCCGCCCCUGCCGCCCCCUCAGCCACAGCACUGCCCACCUCCCCUGUCACACGCCGCUCCAGCGAACCCCAGCUGUGUCCCGGAAGUGCUCCAAAGCCCCACGGGGAGUCGGACAAGGGCCCUUACUCCAGCCCCUCCCACACCCUCUGCAAGGCCUCCCCAUCACCAUCGCUCAGCAGCUACAGUGACCCGGACUCUGGCCAUUACUGCCAGCUCCAGCCUCCUGUCCGUGGCAGCCGAGAGUGGGCAGCAGCUGAAGCCUCUGGCCGCCAGGCCAGGAGCUAUGGGGAGAAGCUUAAGGAACUGUCAGAAAACGGGGCCCCCGAAGGGGACUGGGGCAGAACCUUCACAGUCCCUGUUGUGGAAGCCACCUCUUCCUUUAACCCGGCUACCUUCCAGUCACUGUUGAUCCCCAAGGAUAACCGGCCGCUGGAGGUGGGCCUCCUGCGUAAGGUCAAGGAGCUGCUGGCAGAGGUCGAUGCCCGGACACUGGCCCGGCACGUUACCAAGGUUGACUGCCUGGUUGCUAGGAUACUGGGCGUUACCAAGGAGAUGCAGACCCUAAUGGGAGUCCGCUGGGGCAUGGAGCUGCUCACUCUCCCCCAUGGCCGGCAGCUACGACUAGACCUGCUGGAAAGGUUCCACACCAUGUCCAUCAUGCUGGCCAUGGACAUCCUGGGCUGCACGGGCUCCGCUGAGGAGCGGGCAGCGCUCCUGCACAAGACCAUCCAGCUGGCCGCCGAGCUUCGAGGGACCAUGGGCAACAUGUUCAGCUUUGCUGCGGUCAUGGGUGCCCUGGAUAUGGCCCAGAUUGCCCGGCUGGAACAGACAUGGGUGACCCUGCGGCAGCGACACACAGAGGGUGCCAUCCUCUAUGAGAAGACGCUCAAGCCAUUCCUCAAGAGCCUCAAUGAGGGCAAAGAAGGCCCGCCGCUGAGCAACACCACGUUUCCUCACAUCCUACCACUCAUCACUCUGCUGGAAUGUGACUCGGCCCCCGCCGAGGGCCCUGAGCCCUGGGGCAGCACGGAGCAUGGCGUGGAGGUGGUGCUGGCCCACCUGGAGGCCGCCCGCACGGUGGCACACCAUGGCGGCCUGUAUCACACCAAUGCCGAAGUCAAGCUGCAGGGUUUCCAGGCCCGGCCGGAGCUCCUCGAGGUGUUCAGCACCGAGUUCCAGAUGCGCCUCCUAUGGGGCAGCCAGGGUGCCAGCAGCAGCCAGGCCCAACGCUAUGAGAAGUUCGACAAGGUCCUCACUGCCCUCUCCCACAAACUGGAGCCUGCCAUCCGCUCCAGCGAGCUGUGACCCCCACGGACCCUUCCCCUCUGCAGCUACGGGCAGCAACGGGAACAGAAGGGCACAGACGUUGCCCCAGAGCACCCCAGGGACACUGUGAUAGCCUGAGAAUGUUCCAGGUUCAACUCCAGGAUCUCCUGUGCAUCUCCAGGGUCUAUGCAGACUCUGGGCUCCGUCCUACCUGCUCUACACUCACCAGGCUUCUCUUCAGGAAGAACUGGAACUCCUGUUUCUCCCUCUAGUUUCUGCUUCUCCCCUUCCUGCUGAGGGUGCCCUGUGUUUGAGCCACAGGAGGCUUCUUAUACCUCCUCACUCUUCUCCGGGCAUCUGUUCCUCCCACCCCCCACCCCCCCCCUCAGCCCACAAUCCAAGCCUGACACCAAGGCCUCCCUCUGGCUGUAAAUACAUCUGUCUGUUCUGUAAAUAUGUGUAUAGAAACCAUGUUCUUUCUUUCAUAGAAUAAACUUUUAUGACUCUU